UGCUAGGGUUGGCGAUGUUGUGCUAGCGAGCCUGUGUCAGCAUUUUUCUUCGCCUAGCUUGUAGGUCGUAUACUGUAAAUCGUGGUUCGUUUACCGUAGCUCGUAGGUCCUUCAUCGUAGCUCUCAGGUCGUUUACCGCAGCUCGUAGGUCGCAGAUUUGGUUUCUAAGCUGGUAGAUCGUAGCUGUAGAUAUUGCUGCAAGCCGCACCGCGUAUCUCCGUCGGAUCUAGCUUUACGAGCUGCAGAUACUGUUACUGGCACAGGAAUCUCCAGGUAUUUUCCGCCGGCACGAACAGUCCGCCUCAGAUCGCGUCUUGAAUGGUCGAUCGUAAGAAAAGUCUCUUGUGAGUUGCGGACUAGGCGCAAGUGGCGCAUUAUCCAAUCGCCGUGCGUCGCGGGUUGGCCGGAUGGUGCGGCACAGAUCGACUUCAGGUGGGUCUCACGGGUGCAGCGGACUCGUUGCUCCGUCAUCGCUGCACCUCUCGUCCUUCCCCCCCCUUCUUCCCGCCCCCAUCCCCUCUCUUUGCUCCCCGCUUCCCGCUUCCUCCCGCUACGUCCGACUUCCCGCUACAUCCCGCUUCCCCGCUACAUCCCACUGCCCGCUGCCCGCUGCCUGCUGACCGCUGACCGCUGACCGCUGACCGCUGCCCGCUGACCCCUGACCCCUGCCCGCUGACCGCUGAACGCUGACCGCUGCCCGCUGAUCGCUGACCGCUGACCGCUGCCCGCUGACCGCUGACCGCUGUCCGUUGCCCGCCGCCCGCUGACCGCUCCCCGCUGCCCGCUGCCCGCUGCCCGCUGCCCGCUGCCCGCUGCCCGCUGCCCGCUGCCCGCUGCCGCCUGCCCGCUGCCUGCCGCUGCCCGCUGCCCGCUGCCCGCUUCCCGCUUCCCGCUGCCCGCUGCCUGCCCGCUGCCCGCUGACCGCUGCCCGCUGCCCGCUGUCCGCUGCCCGCUGCCGGCUUCCCGCUUCCCGUUUCCGGCGUCCCGCCCCUUCCCUUGCUUCCCGCUGCUUCCCGCUUCCUGGUUCCUGGUGCUUGGCGCUCUUCCCUUCCCGCUUCCCACUGCUUCCCGCUUCCCACUGGCCCGCGCCACCCCCAACCACCCUCAGCCACCCCCCGCAACCUCGCCACUUCCGUCGCUACCUCCAGCCGAAACCAGCCACCGCCAAACACCCUGCGCCACCGCCGCUACCUCCCGCUUCACCCACCACCACAUUCGUUUUCCACCAUCGCUUCCCUCGCUGGCAGCACGGCAGCACAUGGCACUGACUGGCAGCACAUGGCACUGACUGGCAGCACAUGGCACUGACUGGCAGCACAUGGCACUCACUGGCAGCACAUGGCACUUACUGGCAGCACAUGGCACUGACUGGCAGCACAUGGCACUGACUGGCAGCACAUGGCACUCACUGGCAGCACAUGGCACUGACUGACAGCACAUGGCACUGACUGACAGCACAUGGCACUGACUGGCAGCACAUGGCACUGACUGACAGCACAUGGCACCUGACUGGCAGCACAUGGCACUCACUGGCAGCACAUGGCACUCACUGGCAGCACAUGGCACUGACUGACAGCACAUGGCACUCACUGGCAGCACAUGGCACUGACUGGCAGCACAUGGCACUGACUGGCAGCACAUGGCACUGACUGACAGCACAUGGCACUGACUGGCAGCACAUGGCACUCACUGGGGUGGUGCUGACCCCAAAUUCCCAAGGUGAGGCAAGGGAGAAGGUUUGGAACUGAAUCCCCCUACCCAGGUAAGUUGAGUGAAGAGCGAAGGUUGGGGCUUGAAGCUCUACUCGAGGUUCAGUUGAGUGAAGGGCUAGUGGAUGGUGCGAAACCUCCAGGGCGAGGGAAGGGAAAGGCAGAGCAGGGUUGGUUGUCUCAAGAUGGUGUGCAUGAGCGGCAAGGGGGGGGGGGGGAAUAGGGGGUGCGAAACCCCCACGACAAGGCAGGCAGGGACAGGGCGGGGGAGGGAGGUAGAAGCCUCGGGCCAGGGUGGUAGGAGUGACUUGGAUUGAAGGUGUUGUCGGUGUGCUUUGGGGUGGGUGCCUUGGGCCCGACACCUUUCCCCACCAACAGCCACGAGGAUUUUUUUGCAGGGUAUGGCUGCUGUGCCUCUGCUGCUGACCAGGGAAGGGAAGGACUUUUCAACUUAGAGUGCUGCUGGAGAUGCUGGGGCUGUUGCAGGCGGCCUGCCAUCCUGCCUGCUGUGCACGGCCAAGCAUGGUACAUGUUUUGUGGCUAUGUCUUAUAACGCAUGCUGGAUACGGUGAGCUAUAACACUAAUUUCGUGAAUGCACAUUGUGUCGUGGCACUGGGAUAACCCUAUCGAUCCUCUCUCUAUCUCUAGGGAGGGUACUGGGGAGGCUUUCCUCGGGGAAGGUGGAUAUAUGGAGCCUAACCCUCCUGAUGACAUCCCUUCUUGUCCCAGUGGUUCGGACUGGUGUCUUUCUGACUCGUUGAUCGAAUAAACUUCAGAAAUGGCAUGUAGGCGAAGCAUGUUGUCUAUGCGCCUCUAUUGUAAAUAUCGUACUGUAUGCGCUGCAA